CUAUAUAUAUAUUCUAAUGUUUGCUGCAUCUUCCUCGACCUCUACUUCAUCUGCCUCAGACUCGCGUCGAUCUGAAAGCGUCCUUGAGGAGCUGAGACGGCUUGGCUGGACCUGGACGGUUGACAAGGACAAAGUCUCCAACUUCAAGCAUCCCGACGUCCAGUGCACCCACAAGGGCGAGACCGUCUUUCAAGACGUGCCUGUGAUACACUCUCUGGAUCAAGGGGGCGGUAUCUCGACCUCUUCCUGCUCUCGUCACUCCAAGUCAAAGACAGCUUGUGCAUCCAGUCAUCUUGAUGUCAGAUUGUUCCCGGAUGCAGACGGCAGGUUGAUCCGGCGACCCCUACAGGAUAGUGAUUUUCCGGAUGGUAAAUGGUCUAGAGAUGCUAGUGGGAGGAGGAACAAAAAGGCUGCCCGCGAGUCUAAAAGGACACGGGGUCCAGAAGUGGAGAAAGCGGACCGCAAAAGGGUCAAGCUUGAAGCAUCGCGAGGAAUCGCAGGGAAGAGCCAUGAUUCGCAUGAGGUCACUGAUCCUGCCGAGGAUGGCUCAACUUCGCGAUCAGCCCACGCUCGGACGAUAAUUCUUCCCAGAUUGUCCGACGAUCGAACAAGAUUGGGCCCUUCGGAUGACUCCUUCGGCAAGCCCGCCUCUCCAUCCUCGAUGGAAUCCUCAAGACUGGCGUCUGACGUCGAUGGUGAUGCGCCACCUUCCUCCACGGUGCACAGACGACUCUCUCCCGCUGAAAUCGCCUCAUCCCUUCCGAGCUCAGCCAUAUCACGAGAGGUCUCAGCUACAAGAGAACGUUCUGUCAGUUCGGAGAAAUCAAGUCAUCAUGCUCCAGGUCGACAGGAAUUUGUAGCCUCACUCAGCAUUCCGGAUACCUCUACCGAGACUUCGGCCCCCCACUCGAUCACACCGAUAGCCGCGGCGUCCUCGUCAGCAUCAUCCAUGAAGCGACCGGACGAGGACCCAGCUCCAGCUUCAGCUUCUGGUCCGCCGUCUCCGUCACCUGAGACACCUGCGAAUGAUGAGCCACCUCCUCAAGCAAGCAGCUCGAGGUUGAUGGCCGAACGCAGUCCAGCGACAUCACGUCCAUCGCACUCGAGAGCUGUCAGCACGUCGCUCAACGAGGGGAGUACCAGCGACAAAGGGCCUGCCACCGGCAGUCUGCCCGAGGCUCCCGGUGUGUCGAAUCAUUCCACCGCUUCAGCAGAUCUCAAUCCGGAAAAUCAUGGUCUUUCCUCAGAACAGAUCGAGAACAACUAUCCCCCUGAGGAAGAUCCAUACUUGGAGCUGGAAUGGUAUAGGUUGAAGUUCCCAAAAUUGAUGAGGCGGCUUGAUUGGCUGAGUCAAGAAGUCGUGCGGUUGAGAAGGCUCCAAGCGGAAAACCAAUCAUAGUCACCUCGGUCCUCGACGGUGUCAUUGCGGACUCUCGUCGUUUCCCGGAAGAAGCUUAGCGCCUGCUCUCCUCCAGUCAUCAAUUUGGCUGGUAAAAGAUCUCGGCUACCUGGCCGCUGGUCCAUUCCCCUGCUUCGAACCGCAUAGUCUCUCGUGUUACGUCGAGUCACCCCUGGGUAAGCGGACUCUGAGGAAGUCUCCGAUUCACGACAGUCUCGUCACCCAUCGCCGACAAACGCCUUGCUCUGGUUAGUCGAAUACCAACUUGCAAGCCGUCGGAAUAGGCUUUGGUCCUUCGGCACCUUGGCCGUGUCAGCAAAUGGGUCGAAAACAUCGUUGGUCACCUUGUUGUCCGCUGCACUUGGUCAAGUUCCGAGCUCGAAUGAAUCGUGAAUGAGUCAUGCAUGAUUAUAAACAUGGAC